AUGCGGGGUGUACUUGCAGCUUAUGAAGAAUUAAAGAACUCUGUUGGGUCUCUGUCUCUGCUGAAAGAGACAAACCCUCGUGCUGCACAUACACCCCAAAUCCAUACACAACAGUAUACCCCUAAGCCUGCUGCUGCUACUCAUUCUUCUUCUCCUCCUCCUCCUGCUGCUGGCGGUGGUGCUGCUGGUCGCGGUGCUGCUAAAGGGGGUAGUCAGGCAGCAGCAGCAGCAGCAGCAGCGGCAGCACCGGCGGCGGAUGCAGCAGAUAAAGUUUCCACAGGUGAAGCAGGUCGAGCAGCAGCAAGUCAAGCCGCAACAGGUGCAGCAGCAGGAGCAGGUGCAGCAGCAGGAGCAGGUGCAGCAGCAGGAGCAGGUGCAGCAGGUGCAGCAGCAGCAGAAGAAGAGCGGUUGCUGCUGUCUGAAGGGAAGCAUGAGUUGUUUGCUGAGCGUUGUGAUGCAUCUAUAAAGAGACGCAUGCUGCUGUGGGCGUCAGAACUAUAA